CCUGUGUAUAAACAACACACAUCUCUCCCGUUAGCUCCUGCACACUGCUUUGUAUGGCUCUGCAUAGCACAACCAUACAAAGCAGUGUGCUUACAGUGAAACACACACACAGCCCCCCAUAUGUAAAGCACACACAGCACACAGUUAACCCUUUGAUCGCCCCACAUGUUAACCCCGUCCUGCCCAGUAUCAUUAGUACAGUGUCAGUGCUUUUUAUUAGCACUGAUCACUGUAUUGGUGUCACUGGGGAUGACAGGGACACCAAGUCAGUUUCCCCCCACCUAGUGUCAGAAUGCCCGCUGCAGUCCCACUAU